ACUCUGUCACUGGACAGGAGCGGGGGUGGGGGGUGGGGUGGUAAAUCCAGCCUGCACACUCACGUAAAAUCAAAAUUGAUACCACAUGUUCAAUAAAGGCUGGGCAUUGCAUCGUGCCUCUAGCCUUUGGGAUGCUGCUGCUGUGUCCAGAUCUAAGAGGCAGCCAAGCAUAAUUCCGGGAAAUCACUGCCUGCUUAAUAGUCUCCCUCUUGCUGCCACUGGCUCCCGAUCGCUGGAAGAUGAAGGGCAUUUCUAUCGCUUCUGUCUUGCUGCUGGCCCUGGCGGUGCCCUGGAAUGUGGAAAACCGCGUUGAAGGACAACCUAAAGCACAUGUGAAGUGCAAAAAAUUAUGCACUGAAUUUUCACAAAAACAAAUACCACAGAGACUGUUGAAGACCUAUAGGAAGACAGAACCAUCAUGUCCCAAAGCCGCUAUCAUAUUUGUCACUCAGAAGAAUAAAGAGUUCUGUGCAGACCCAGAAGCGAAGUGGGUGAAGGAAGCAGUCCAAAAGCUAAACCAAGCAAGUGCCCCUCUGAAUCCGCCACUUUCAAGCACCGUCACUUCUGCAGUUGUGCAAGAAGGGGCAAGAGUUUUUCACAGAUUAGUUGGCUAUGCUGGCUCUAAACCAACACAGCCCAGUGUUCCGGCCAGUCCCAUUCAUGGGGCUGGCACACCGGUUUCACACGCAGUACAUAGAUCUGUUGUGAGGACGGAGGAGCCCAUCGUAUCCAUAUUGACUGUGCAAGAGACCAAGAGGUCUUCUACAAAAUCCUUCUCUGCAUUACAAGAGACUGUUACUCCAUCUACUGUCCACCCUGAGCCUGUUGCCGACAGCAGCGAAGUUUCCAUAAGAUCUGUUACAACGCCAGCAGCUGACAUACCAGACAGCACUUCCAGCAGAUUUCAUUCAGUUCCCACCCCUGUCAUGAAAAGCUCUGAGAGUUUCGUAGAAUCUAGAAACAAGUCCACAGGAUCUACUAUCAGUCCAACAACUGAGAUAUCUGGCACAGCUCCCAGCAGAUUUAAUUCAGAUCCCACCACUGUUAUCAAAGGGUCUGAGAGUCCCAUACAACCUACAUACAAUUCUGUAGGCUCUACUAGAAAUCAAACAGCUGGUGGACUUGCCAGUGCUCCCAGUAGAUUUAUUUCAGAUGCUCCAUCCAUUGUAAAUGGCCCUGAGAUUGCCAAGUUAUCACCUAUGUUCCUGACAACACCUUCUCUACUAAAAUCUGUUCCCAACAAGCCUGUUAUAGACCUUACAUCUAAAGGACAAGUGACUGAGAACUCUACCAAAAAACCCACAUCUGUUCUAAAAGGAAGUGAUGCCACCAAGGGAUCCACUCCACACCCUACAUCUCCUGGAGGAGAAAGUAGUUCUGUCAGUCCCAACAGUGGUGAUGAAAGAGAUGCUGUUAGUGACUCUACGGCUGAUGCUCGCACAGGUAGCUACUUAUCUCUUUUAGGAAAGAAAGAUCCUCCUCACUCUUUUCCUGAAUCCAUUUCAUCUACAGAAACGUCAGUCCUUUCUGUCAAAAGCUUCCCAUUUCAGAACAGAGCAGAGGGGCCUUCAGAUGGUCCCUUGGUGUCCAGCAUUUUGCCUGCAUCCCGAACCCACAUCCUCAGUCUUGCUUUGCUGGCGAGCAUUCUCGGUAUUUGCAGUGCCGCUGUAUGGAUGUAUGUAAAGGCCAAAAACUGCCCUGGAGACUCAGCUAAAGAAGUGGUACAAAGCUUGCUCUUUAAUCAGCAGGGCUCUCGAACUAAUGAAUAUGCUAUGGAAGCCAUCUGAAUCCUUCAUGGCAUGGACUUGAAUUGCUACUGCUAAUAGGUGGACUCUAGGAUGUUUCUCUAACAGGGAGCAAGGAGGCUAAACCUCGCACUAAUCAGGUUUAUACUGGACUAAGCCAAAAAACAAUGCAAGGCAAAUGGGCCAAGGUAGAGUGUCACUAAGGAAACUCACAGCUUCUGAGUGGAAUGCCAAAAAAUACCCAGGGAGCCAAGGGCGAGGUUUUAUGAAUGAGUUGGUUGUCUUUUGUCUUGCAUUAUUAUAUGCAAAGGUCACAGCAGUUAUAGAGCAGCUCAGCUGCUGUUUGCCAGUCAGUACCAAAGGCAUGUUUUUGAACUGGUAUUGGAAGAGUUCCAUUCUGGCACCAUCCAGCUAAAAACCCAACCAAGCUGCUCUCAAGCUGAACGCUACGCCACCUCGAGCCUCUCCCUGCCUGAAGCGUGUGGUCCCAAACUUUGCACUUGUUAUCCCUUUGCUGCUUCACUCCCUGCACUUUGGGUCCCCAUGUGGGGCCAUUCUGUUCCGAUUCUGUUUGCAUGAUACCUGAGGUGUCACUCAACUGGUUGAUGGCUGUUCCAGUCUUUAAGGGCCAACCGUUUCACUAACUGUUACCAGACUGACCACUCUGAGUCCAGUUUUCCAAUGGGGCUGCCUAAAGUUAGACCUCAGAAUCCAGAUUUUGGCAGCUAAACACCCACCGGAGG